AUGCAGAGUCAAACUGAUCCAGGUCCAACGCGUUCCUCGGAGCGCAGUCGCCGAGAGGGUCAUGCGUUUUCCAUAAACUUCUCUCCCGCACCGCUCCAGAGGCCUUCGGCGGCUGCAGUCAUGAGCUCCAGCCUGCACUAUGAGCCCGUGGCAGAGAUCGGCGGGGGCGCGUACGGCACAGUGUACAAGGCGCGCGACACAGAGAGCGGCGAGUUUGUGGCCCUGAAGAGCGUUCGCGUGCAGACGGACCAGAAUGGACUGCCCAUCUCCACCGUCAGGGAGGUGGCGCUGCUGCGGCGGCUGGAGCAGUUCGACCACCCGAACAUUGUCAGACUUAGAGACGUCUGUGCAACGCAGAGAUCGGACCAAGAGACAAAAGUCACCUUAGUGUUUGAACAUGUGGACCAAGACCUGAAGACUUACCUGGAGAAGGCGCCCCCUGCUGGCCUGUCUCCAGAGCGCAUCAAAGACAUGAUGCGGCAGCUGCUCUGUGGCCUCGUCUUCCUCCACUCCAACUGCGUGAUCCACCGAGACCUGAAGCCCGAGAACAUCCUGGUCACCAGUCAGGGUCAGAUCAAACUGGCUGACUUUGGACUGGCCCGGAUCUACAGCUGCCACAUGGCCCUGACCCCAGUGGUGGUGACGCUGUGGUACCGCCCGCCUGAGGUCCUGCUCCAGUCCAGUUAUGCCUCUCCUGUCGACGUGUGGAGCACUGGCUGCAUCUUCGCCGAGAUGUUCAGGAGAAAGCCUUUGUUUUGUGGAGAUUCAGAAGUGGACCAACUCAACAAGAUCUUUGAUGUGAUCGGGCUGCCCUCGGAGGAGCAGUGGCCGGCGGACGUCACUCUCUCCAGGAAAAACUUCCGGCCGGUCCCCUCACGACCCAUCGCAGAUGUGGUCCCAGAGAUCGACUCCAGCGGCGUCCAGCUUUUACUAAAAAUGUUGACUUUUGACCCGUUCGAGAGGAUAUCUGCGGUGAACGCGCUGGAGCACCAGUAUUUCAAGGACGAGGAGACGGCAACGGAAACGGCGAACCCUGAACGGCCCCUGAACGCGGCCUUUGUACGCGCCACCACGGACGCCAGCCUUACAAUGGCCUUAAGUUACGCCGAUGGAGGGCUGUAA